AUGGGUUUAAAUGAACGUCCUGCUUGUUUACGUAAUCUUUUUCAUGAAAUAUUCUUUGUGAGUACUUUGUCAUGCGCACAAUUACUUACACAAGCUGCUCUAGGAAAUGUACUUGUUCCAUUACAUAUAGUUGGUCCAGAUAUUGGUAUUACAAAUGUUGCUGAAUUACCAUGGACAUUAGCUGCAUAUUCUCUAACUGUUGGUGUUUUUAUAAUGAUUACAGGACGAUUAGGCGAUAUUUUUGGACAUAAAUUAUUAGUUAUGUAUGGAUAUCUAUUUUUUUCCGUUUUUAGUUUUUUAACUGGUAUGGCUGCAUAUGUAAAUAAUGGAAUCUAUUUUCAUAUAAUGAGAGCAUUUCAAGGAAUAGGUCCAACUAUGCUUUUACCUAAUGCUGUUGCAUUACUUGCUCGAACAUAUCCAGCUGGUUUAAGAAAAUCAAUUGUUUUUUCAAUAUUUGGAGCAACAGCACCUACGGGAUUUAUUAUAGGUGCUCUAUUUGGAAGUUUCUUUGCUCAAUAUGUAUGGUGGCCAUGGGCACAUUGGGCAUUAGCUAUAUUCUGUUAUAUUCUUGCUAUUUUAACUUACAUUAUAGUUCCAAGUGAAUUAUCAAAAGCGGUUCAUCCCGAAGGUAAAACUGAUGUUAUUGGUUCAAUUAUUGGAAUAACAGGUCUUAUUCUUUUCAUAUAUUGUUGGAAUGAAGGACCUGUUGUAGGUUGGGAUAAACCAUAUGUCUAUGGUGUAUUAAUUGUUAGUAUUGUUAUUAUUGCAAUUUUUAUUAUUGUUGAAAUGAAAAUAGAAGAACCAAUUAUGCCAUUAUCGAUUUGGUCAGUAGCUGGAUUUCCAGGUGUUCUUGGAUGUAUGGCUUUGGGUUGGUCAAGUUUUGGUAUAUUUAUUUAUUAUAUUGUUCAAUUUCUUGAAAAUAUUCAUCAUACAUCACCAUUAUUAACAACAGCUAUGCUAACACCACUCGUCAUUUUUGGUCUUAUAGCAACGAUUGUCGUUUCUCAACUUUAUGGUCGUAUACCUGCUCAUUAUUUACUUAUGGCAGCUAUGAUUUUCUUUUGUAUUGGUAAUAUUCUUAUUGCUACAGCACCACCUGAUCAAACAUAUUGGUUACAAGUAUUUAUAGCAACAAUAAUAACACCAUUUGGAAUGGAUAUAAGUUUUCCUGCUGCAUCAUUAGUUAUAAGUAAUAGAAUGCCAAAUCAUCAACAAGGUGUAGCUGCAAGUAUGUUAAAUACAGCAAUUAAUUGGUCGAUUUCAUUAGGCUUAGGCAUAGCAGGAACUAUUGAAAGUAUAAUGAUUAAACAAGGUAAGACACAACUGGAAGGUUAUCGAUAUGCAUUAUAUGCUGCUAUUGGACUUAGUGGAUUGGGUGUUCUUGUUGCACUUAUCUUCUGUCGUGUACCUAAAACAACUGGUCCAGAUGAGACAGAACCAUUACUACAAGAUCAACCAUCUACUAGUACAUAUGGUACAAUUAUAAACAGUGAUGCAUGA